AUGGUUUCAUUAGUGGAAUACAAAUUAGAAGAACAUACUGAUCUAUUUUACGACGGUAUGAUUGAUACAGAUUUGGCUAUAAGUCCUCUUCCUCAACGCUUGAUCAAUGAAAUAUCUAAAAUACGUAAUCAAACGAGGGUGGAAGAUCAUGUUAUUUUUAAAAUAUCAAGUCAAAGCUCAACUCUCCGAUACGAACUGUCGGAUGAUACAAUUAGGUAUUAUCAAAAAUAUAUAAAAAAGAGGAAAAGACAACAACCCUUGAAGGUCUUCUAUCCAGAAAUUUUAGUUGUGCUUGAUGCAUCUAUUUAUAAGCAUCUUGGUCAAGACCCUCACUUAGCAAUGAAUUAUUUAGUACCUUUCUGGAAUGGUGUAGAUUUGCGGUAUAGCGUCUUAAAAUCGCCUGAAGUAAAGCUUAAUAUUGCUGGCGUAAUCUUAGCACAAGAUGAAAUGGCAUUAAAAUUCAUACACAAUAAUUUAGAUGAUAGUGGUCGAAUACAGGCCAAAAAAGCACUAGUAGAUGCUGGAAUAUAUUUUGAUACCGAGGCUAAAUAUAUUACUUCCAAAGAUAUGGUUGUGAUUAUGACUAAGCGAGAUAUAUGUAGCUUAAAAACUACAAAUUAUUGUAAAUCUUCAGCAUUAGGGAAAGCUUUUACGGGAAAAGCAUGCUCUAAAAGAAAAAACACAGCAAUAUUGGAAGACAAUGGAGGCUAUGCCGGAAUUAUAACAGCUACUCAUGAGAUAGGGCAUCUAUUGGGAUUACCUCAUGAUGGUGAAGAUGAUGCAAUCGCUUGUUCUAUGAAAGAUGGUUAUAUUAUGGCAAGUGCAAAAUUCAGAUCUGUGAAUAGUCUUUGUUGGUCUCCAUGUAGCAAAAAUCUAUUGGAAGAAUCUGCAAGCCUAACAGUUUCCAAUUGUCUAGAAAACAGGCCUAAAAAUAUAGGGGGUACAGUAAUACGUCCUCUACCAGGUAAAUUUUUAACUUUAGACGAACAGUGUUUGGCGCGAGGUGGAAAACCAUGUAUAUUCAAUGAAACAGUAUGCUGGAAAUUACACUGCACAAAAUCUAUGAUAAACAUGAAAUGUGUUGGGAAAGCUCCCGCUGCUGAAGGUUCUACAUGUGGAAAAGGCUUGCACUGCAUAAAUGGAGCAUGUGUCGCUGAAUUUUCAUAA